GCGCCUCGCCGAGACCGUCGUUGUCCUCGUGGGGCGCCAUGGCGGCGGCCGAGUGAGCCCCGCCGGUGAACGUCCGCGUUGUUGGCAGCUGGUCGCCCCCCGGCCGAGUCGCGCCCCGCCCGCCACGCCAAAAUGACGACGACGGUCGCCCCAGGUGCCCCGACGUCGGCGUCCUCUGGGGCCUCGAUGAGGGAGAGCAGAGCGCCGCACAAAGGUGCGGGCUGCUAGGGAGCCGAGCCGAGCCGAGCCGAAGUCGAGGGUGUGCGGUCCGUUGACGGCGGUCCGUUGACGGCGGUGACGGCGGUGUCGGCGGGGCGUCGGGCCGCCGCGCCCUGCGACCGCCAUGAAGAAGCAGAACGUCCGGACCCUCUCCCUGAUCGUGUGCACCUUCACCUACCUGCUGAUCGGCGCGGCCGUGUUCGACGCGCUCGAGUCCGAGACGGAGAAGCGGCGCCGCGACGUGCUGGACUACGUGGAGCGCAAGCUCAUCCAGAAGUACUCGGUGUCCAACGACGACUUCAAGCUGUUCGAGACCAUCAUCCUCAAGUCGGAGCCGCACAAGGCGGGCCAGCAGUGGAAGUUCGCGGGCGCCUUCUACUACGCCACCACCGUGCUCACCACGAUCGGCUACGGCCACUCCACGCCAUCCACCGUGGCCGGCAAGCUGUUCACCAUGUUCUACGCCAUCAUGGGCAUCCCGCUGGGGCUCGUCAUGUUCCAGAGCAUCGGCGAGCGCCUCAACAAGUUCUCCUCGCAUGUCAUCAAGAAGGUGAAGCGCGUCAUGAACUGCAAGGACACGGACGCCUCCGAGAUCAACCUCAUCUGCGUGGUGACGACGCUGUCCGGGCUGACGGUGGCGGGCGGCGCGGCGGCCUUCAGCCGCUACGAGGGCUGGACGUACUUCGACUCGGUCUACUACUGCUUCAUCACGCUCACCACCAUCGGCUUCGGCGACAUGGUGGCGCUGCAGAAGGACAACGCGCUCGCCACCAAGCCCGAGUACGUGGCCUUCGCGCUCAUCUUCAUCCUGUUCGGCCUGGCCAUCGUGGCCGCGUCGCUCAACCUGCUGGUGCUGCGGUUCGUGACGAUGAACACGGAGGACGAGCGGCGCGACGAGGCCGAGGCGCUGCAGGCCAUGCAGGGCGCCGUGCGCCUCGAGGGUGACGUCAUCACUGCCAACGGCUCCAUCAUGAGCGGCCAGGGCGGCCACGGCGAGCACGUGGAGCACGCCGAGCUGGUGGAGAUGGACGAUGACGUGGCCUCGGUGUGCUCGCUGCCGUGCGGGUGUCUGGGCCGCCACGCACCGCGCGCGCCGCCCAGCCCGCCGCCCAGCCGCCACCACCGGCCGUCCCUCGGCCACGGCAUCGCGCACAACACGGCGCACCUCAUGCCGCCCCUCAAGGCCCUCAUGCCCCUGCUCAUGGAGCGGGACCGGCCGAUGCGCGCCAAGAGGCUGGCCAACGAGUGCGACUGGCCCGCCGUGCCCACCUACCGCAACUCCAUCUAGGCCUCCAUCCUUACCGCCCCUGGCCGCCCAUGGCCAAUUCACAGACCUGCAUCCAGGCCCCUGGCCUGCACACCCAGUCCUGUCUGGGCCUCACUCAGGGCUCACUCAGGCCCGUGGUGUACCCCAGGCCUUGCCACAAAGGGUCUAACGAUGCUCGACAAUUUUCUGCAACCACUAGCCUUUAUAAUUAUUGUUAUUAUUGCCAAUUUUGUUUUAGUAGACGUAAAAAAAAGCCAAAGAAUAUGUGAUAAUUUUUCUGUAUACCUUGUGUACUAUUGCCAGGUUUGGAAGCAAUUUAUGGUCAUAUAAUUGCGCUAGAUAAAACUCAAAACAUGCGUGCUAAAAUGCUCAAUACUCCUGUCGAAAAAAUUCCAUAUUAAAAGAUAAGUUGAGAAGUUGUGAUGACCAUGCUUUAACUACGCUAAGAUACGACAAUAUAUUGUGGUGAGCGCCCGUCACUAAGAGUGGAAGAUGAGUCCUCGAACGGAAAAGCCUACUUUUAUACCAAGUCAAUUUAUGGGUUGUGAGCUUUUGUGGACAAACGACCGGUUAAAAGUCCAAAAUUGAUUAUGGGGUGCGUGUUGGCUAACUUUUGCGUGGUUGGGAGGUGGGAAAAAAAGGUGAUAUAAUUUCCUUUGCAGGAGCUUCUAAAGCCUUACUCGAGCCGAGCCCGUCGCCUUGUGUAUAAAGACCCCAGUCGGUCGAGGGCUGGUUGCAUAACCUGGCCAACCCCAUGCACCCCACGGACGGGGGAGGGGAAGGGGAGGUUGCACCUCAUGUCAGGCGGCGUGAUCGAGUUAGCCGUCUUACAAAGCAUCUCUAGCGUCUCUUUCGUGUCACCGAAGCGGCUGUCCUUAAAUCUUUAAUGUUCUAACUCGUUUCUUUUACAAAUUCAUUUUGACCAAAAACUAAUGCAGGGCUUUCAGACGGAAAUUUAAACUAUCAAGGGUUUAGCGCCGUGAACCUACACGAGGGUGCAGCGGGUGGUGGAGAGGUGGAGAGUGUUAAAAAGAAAGUGCCAGAAAAGUUGAAAUUGGAAUGUCGGCGGUGAUAGGAAUCUGUGAUUCUGGCGUAAGCUUUUACUUCCUUUUAAGAAUGUUGUUCUCAUUUCGCGCAAACGCCUUCGGUACUUUUGAAAUAAUAAUGACAAAUCUAAAGGGAAUCAAUUAACUUUUAAAUAACGUUACUUCUAGCGAGCUUUAAACUCUUCCCGAAUAAACAAUAUUUUUAGCGUAUUUCGCGCGUGGGCCUUAACAUUACAAAGUAAACUAAACGGAGCAUCACUUUUAUAAAUCAUGUUUUUAUGAGAAAUGACGAACGAGAGGGUUUCGAGGGGCUCGCGGUGGGGCGCCGGGGGGCGGCAGGGAGGGCCCCGCUCAGGGUGGCUGCCGCGGUGGCUGCCCCCCCGGGCGCUCCCCCACCCCUCUCAACUCAAGGCUGAUUUGGACGAAUUGGACGAUGUGUGUUCUGUGCCUAUGCCACAUGCUGCGGCAGUUUUCUACUCUAACAUUUAGAUACAUCUUUUUUUCCUCCAAUUGUUAUUAUUAUUCAGUAGUUAGUACGUAUCAGUUUACUACUCUUGUAUAUUCUAAAAUACGACAGAUGCGCCAAGUCUCUUUUUCGUUUUAAAGUUAAUCCUUUCAUAUCGAUUAUACAGUUCUUGCACUAGAAGUUCGGCCUGCAUCUUAACAUGUAUCAGUCCGUAGCGAUGCAGGUCUAGUUCUUUCAACCGUACAUGGUAUUUUCAAAGUCUUCUGAGUAGCCUCUGCCUUGUCAUCCAAGAGCCGCGAGUCCUCAGGGCGUUGCGCCGGCCACUAUCUAAUUGCAUUGCCAAUUUUGAUAUUAUAUAAGUCUGUUAUGGAACUUAAAUCGGUUCGUUGUUAACGAUAGAAAUUAUAUGUUAUCCUAGUCUUUCAACUAAUUUAUUUUUUUGAUCUCAUUUUAUAUACAUUUCUCUUUUUGUAGUUCUCCCCCUUCUUGACCAAUAUUUAGAAGAUUAUCCAUUUUUCCCUUGUGAAACAAUUCUUUUUCUCAUGUUUGCCAGUUUACUGAUUUGCUUUGUAAACGACUUUAAAAUCUGUUGUUUUAUUCCGUGCCAAACGUUUGAAUCACGACAGAAUAAAAAGGUCGUCCACAAUGCC